AUGUCCAGGUUGAUGGCCGCCAUGCUUCUCGGAGGCGCGCGGGUCGCCAGCGCCACGGCGCUCACCGGCAACACUGCCGUGAAGGCCAUUCCCAGGCCCUGCUUCCUCGCUCCCCGGCCGCAUGCCGCGAGCUGGAGCCCCAUCUGCAUGCAGACCGCCCCGAGAUCGUCGCAGGCGUAUAACAACGCGCCGGACGACCGGAGGGAGAUUAAGGACAAGUACAGGGGCGCAGCGGAGCAGGCCAAGGAUGCCACCGGCCAUGCCAAGGAGAGCGCGAAGGACCACGCGUCGCGCAUGGCCGACGAGACCAAGGACAGGGCCGGGGACGCCGCCGAGAAGGCCUCCCGCAUGACGGAGAAGGCGAAGCACGAGACCAAAGAGACGGCAAGCCAGGCCGCGGACAAGGCGGGAGAGAUGAAGGAGAAGGCCAAGGAGACGGCGGAGGAAGCCGCGGAGAAGGCCUCCCGCAUGACGGAGAAGGCCAAGCACGAGACGAAGGAGACGGCAAGCCAGGCCGCGCACAAGGCGGGGGAGAUGAAGGAGAGGGCCAAGGAGACGACGGGGCAGGCGAUGGACAAGGCCAAGGAGACGGCGGGCGCGGCCAAGGAGAAGACGGCGGAGGUGGCGGAGGGCGCCAUGGACAAGGCCGGCGAGGCCAAGGACAGGGCCGCGGAGGGCACCAGGAGCGCCGGGGAGAAGGUGGCGGAGAUGACCAAGGAGGGCGCGAGCAAGGUGGCCGAGACGGCGCAGGCGCUCAGCGAGAAGGCGAAGCAGGCGGCGCAGGGCGCCUGGGAAGCCACAAAGGAGGCCGCGCAAGGGGUGAAGGAGAAGGUCGGUACAGAGAGCACGGCGGAGGAGCACUCGACGUGGGACGACGUCGAGGCCGCCACCAAGGAGAGGGACAGGAUCGCGCAGGAGGAGCGGAAGAGGCAGGCCAGGGAGAAGGGCGCCGGCUUGCCGUAG